CCGGAAGGGCGGAGUUUACGCCCGAAAUAGACGCUGUGUAUGAACAGAUACUUGUGGCUGCUCGGGACCGAAAUGCGUAAUCCUUAUUCUUUAUGGUGGUAAAUACAGCGCGCUGUGAAGCUGGAAGUAGUCUGUGUUGGAUCGCCCAUAAAAUCUUUUGCUUUUAACCGGGUCGAAGCAUGGAGCUUGAUCGGCGACUGUUGCUCGCUCACUGCGUCGCCCACACCCUUUCCGUUAUAGCCGGCCUCCUGGUCGUGGUGCCGAUGGCGCUCAACGGCUCCGCGUUUAAAGGCAGGUGCGCGCUGUUCGGUCAAGGAUUCUGGCGAACGGAGAAUCUCAACGUGAGCGAGGGGGGUUCCAAGGAAGUCACGCACCUGGUGGUGCAUCAGUGGGGGCCCCCCGCUGCAUGCCAGUUUGCCACCUUUGUCGGGGUGUUCACCGUGUUGUACGGAGCCACUCAGAGCUGGCGGAGCUUGUUUUACCUCCACCGCCGUCAUGAUGACACGUUGUUCUCCGCCUUCCUCACGCUGCUCCUCAGCUUGUGCGUACUCUUCCUCGCGGGAGGCGCAAGCAUGAUUCUCACCCUCGGCCUCAUGUCCUGGUGCGCCACUGUAACCAACCACAACACUCGACCGUACAGCUGUGCUGAGUCACAGGCUGUGCCCCUCUACCUGGACCUGGAAACCUCCUCUUUCUACUCCGAGUUUACCUGUGCACAGAUCUCCCUGUGGUGUGUCACAGUGCUGUGGUUGACUCACUCCAUCCUUUCCUUCCUGAGGCUCUACCACUCCCACAGUCAGCAGAUCAGCGGGCCGUGUCUGCCCCGGGAGAAGGAGCUCCUGCUGGGCCAGGCUUACUUAGACUUCCCCCUGCCUUGCCCACAUGCCUAUCCUCCACAGACACCUGCGGUCUUCAUUUAGGGCCCUGACUGGGUCAGUUCUACUCUUUGACAGUCAUCCUGAACGUCGUAUAAUAUUUGUGAUUUGAGAAACCAUAGAUGAGCACAAAAGAUCAGCCUCUAUUUGGGGUUUCUUCUAGUAUUCACCACAGUGUUUCUGUACAGCUUUGAACCCUAAUUUGUCCUUGCAUGUGUUUGAACAAUGUAAAAUAUAGUGCAAAUACUGGCAACCACUCAAAGAACCUUUAUUUCAAGUAAGCUUCAAUUUAUUGUUUACACAGUAUAACUCAAACUUGGUUCUUCAUAUUGUAUGUUGUACUUUAAAACCUUUCUUGAUGUUUUAAGUGUGUGUAUGUGUGUGUGUGUGUGUGUAUAUAUAUACAGUCUGCACAUGGAGGCAUGUGAAACUUGCCAUUUUUUACCUGGGUUUCACUGUAGUGUAAACGUGGCCACUGAAUGAAGAAGGAGGCUUCUGAAGAAGAGUGAACAUUGCAGAUGUCUCACAUUAUGCAAAUGUGCUGUCUUGACUGGACUGUUGUGUCACGUAAGCGAGAAGGAAGACGUGCGUGGCUCUGAGCUUGGACCCAUGCUGCUUUCAUGCCAACAUGGUUUGUGCAGGGCUAUACACGUUUCCCUUGCAUGCUACUGUAUGUGUAACUGUGCUGUGAGAAAUCUACGCCCCUCUCCCCCAAUCCCCUGGUGAAGGUUAUUCCAUGUGACGCCGUUUGUGUAGAUGCAGCCGCAGGGGAACACGGGAACACGCCCUUGUGGAAUUCUGCUUGCGGUGCUGCAGCAUGUGCUUGCAGUUAAGAGAGUGAUGUCAAGCAGGCAGGAGCAAAAAGGAAUUUUUAGAAGGCCCGUGUCCCCCUGUCUGACCUCGGACCCCCUGGCCUGGCUAGCUGCGAUGACACAUAGAUAGCUGAGUGAAAAACUGGAGGCACACGUUGAGGGGAAAGUUACCCUGUAAAUUUAGGUGUUUUUGUAAUGCUGGUUGUAUUGUACGAUUUAAAAAUGGUACCUUUUUACCUCUUUAAGAAAAUAAAGCAUAUAUGAGGCCUUGCUCCAUAUCUGUGAAGAGG